AUGCCAUUCCCAAAAAUCGCAAUCAUCGGCGCCGGUCCAGGAGGAUUGACCCUCGCCAGCAUGCUUCAAUGCAGCGGCAUCAAACCCACCAUUUUCGAACUCGACAAAGACCGCUCAUCACGAGAUCAAGGAGGAAUCAUCGACCUCCACGCCGACGGCGGCCAACUCGCCCUCAAAGAAGCAGGCCUCUUCGAAAAAUUCCAAGAAAUAAUCAUCCCCUCGGCCGAAGCUCUCAAGCUCAUGAAAUCCAACGGGGAAGUCGUCUGGGAUGAAAACAACUCCGCGGCCGCACCCCCAGAAACCUCUCGAGAUCGUCCGGAAGUCGAUCGUUCAAACCUCAGGAACUUGCUCCUCGAUGCCGUAGACCCCGAUACUAUCCACUGGAACCACAAACUCCUUCAAGUCGAACCCGUGGGUGCCAAAUACAACCUCCACUUCAGCGACAGCAUCGAAACAGGCUUCGAUCUCGUCAUUGGCGCCGACGGCGCAUGGUCCAAAGUCCGGCCCCUCGUCUCUAAUGAAACGCCGUACUACUCAGGCAUCACGUUCAUCGAACUCCAAGCGCACGACGUGAGUGUGAAAAAGCCAUGGCUGAACGAAUUCAUCGGUUCGGGCAGUUUCUUCAUGUUCGAUGAGGGUCUCGCGUUGAUCGGGCAACAGAAUAGUUUCGAUCGGAUUCGUAUCUAUCUUGGGGUUCGACAGCCGGAGUCUUGGAUGGAUGAGUGCGGGAUCAACUGGGAGGAGCCGAAGUCGGCACGGGGGGUGUUGGCGGAGAGCUAUUUUGGGGAUUGUCAUGGCGACUUGAAGAGGGUGAUUUUGGAGGAGGCGACGGAUAGUUUGAUCGUGAGACGAUUGUAUAUGUUGCCUGUUGGCUUGAGCUGGGAGAUGCGAUCUGGGGUUACGUUGUUAGGGGAUGCGGCACAUUUGAUGACGCCGUUUGCGGGUGUGGGCGUUAAUGUUGCGAUGGUUGAUGCGAUGGAACUUGCGAGGGAGAUCAUGAGGUGGAAGGAUGCGUUUGUGGAUGGUGAUGCCACUGCGCUUGAUGAGGCGGUGAAGGUGUAUGAGGAGAGGAUGUUUGUGCGAGCGAAGAAGAAUAUGGAGAAGACGUAUCAUGGUCUUGUUAGCCAUUUUAGUGCGGGUGGGAUCGAUGAGCGGGUUGGUUUGUUGAAGAAGAGGGCCAGGAUGCUGGAGGAGAGAAGGAAAGAGCAGGUCAAAGCUUGA